AUGAAGAGAAGAGCGGAUGCAACAUACUCACCUCUGCAGGGGACGAAGAGGCGCCGCGAUGACAGCAGCUCAGAUGAAGAGUCACUAUCUAGACAAGACUCCAGCCAAAAUGACUCCCUCAGUGACCAGGAGGAGCACCGACCGAGCUUCUCCAUGCCGUCCAUAUCAGCGUCGUCCUCCUUUGAUACCCAGGACAACGACGGCUCCGCUGAGUCCACCACAAAGUUCUCCAUGUACAACAGCGUGUCACAGAAGCUCAUGGCAAAAAUGGGCUUUAGAGAAGGCGAGGGUCUGGGUAAGUUCGGCCAGGGGCGCAAAGAGAUCGUUGAGGCUUCCACCCAGCGCGGCAGGAGGGGUCUGGGCCUCACGCUGCAGGGUUUCAACGGCGAGCUCAAUGUUGACUGGCGCGACGAACCAGAGCCCAGCGCCAUCGAGAAGGUCGACUGGUUUCCAGAAUGCACCACAGAGACGCCGGACGCAGAUGAGCUGAGGGACUGGCUGAUUCAGGGACCGAGAAAGCUGAAGAUUGAGGACGAAACUGAGUUUUGCACAGAAGACCUUCUGCACACUCUUCUACGGUGCAAGACGGUGUUUGAUGAUCUGGAGGGUGAAGAGAUGAGGAGAGCACGAACACGCUCGAACCCUUACGAGACAAUCAGAGGAGGUAUCUUUCUCAACAGGGCUGCCAUGAAAAUGGCCAACAUCGACCACUGCUUUGACUACAUGUUCACUAACCCGAAGGACUCCCAGGGGAGAUCCCUGGUGAAGGACCGCGAGGGCGAGCUGCUGUACUUCGGCGACGUCUGCGCGGGGCCCGGCGGCUUCUCCGAGUACAUCCUGUGGCGGAAGCGCUGGCACGCCAAAGGCUUCGGGAUGACGCUGAGAGGGCCGUGCGACUUCAAGCUGGAGGAUUUCUACGCGGCGCCGAGCGAGCUGUUCGAGCCUUACUACGGCGAGGGCGGCGUGGACGGCGACGGCGACAUCACCCGGCCCGAGAACGUGACGGCGUUUCGUAACUUCGUCAUGGAGAGCACCGACAGGAGAGGGCUGCAUUUCCUCAUGGCCGACGGGGGCUUCUCUGUGGACGGCCAGGAGAACAUCCAGGAGAUUCUCACCAAACAGCUGCUGCUCUGUCAGUUCCUCACUGCCCUCUCCACUCUCAGGACAGGUGGCCACUUUGUCUGUAAAACCUUCGACCUCUUCACGCCGUUCAGCGUGGGCUUGGUCUACCUCCUCUACCUCUGCUUUGACAGGAUCUCGCUCUUCAAACCCGUCACCAGCAGGCCGGCCAACUCGGAGAGGUACAUCGUGUGUCGCAGUCUGAAACCCGGUUCGGAUGCGGUCAGAGAGUACAUGUUCAGAGUCAACCUGAAGCUGAACCAGCUCAGGAACCGGGACACUGACGUCACGGAGGUGGUUCCACUGAGCAUCAUAAAGGAAGACACCGACUUCUUCCAGUUCAUGGUCAACUCCAACGAGAGCCUCUGCGCGGUCCAGAUCAAGGCCCUGGCUAAGAUCCACGCCUUCGUCGUAGACCCGGCGCUCUCCGAGCCGAGACAAGCAGACAUCAGGAAAGAGUGCUUAAAGCUGUGGGGGGUACCAGACAAAGCCAGAGUCGCUCCUUCUUCAUCCGACCCGAAAACCAAAUUCUAUGAACUGACUAAGAACUCGGACGUGGAGGCGUUCCAGAGUAAGAUCACUCCUCUGGACUCCAGCACGCUCAGUAAGCUGCGGCAGAUUUUCGACUACAGGUGCAUUGUGGGAGGGGGAGAGCAGAUCUUCCUGCUUGCCCUGGGGAAGUCUCAGAUUUACACGUGGGACGGGAAGAUGCCGCUGCGCUGGAAGAAAAUGGAGAAUUUUAAGCUGGAGCUGCCAAGGGAAACCCUCUUGAGCGUGGAGAUUGUUCAAGAACUGAAAGGGGAGGGUAAAGCUCAGCGCAGAAUCAACGCUGUCCAUGUAAUGGAUGCGCUGAUCCUUAACGGUACGGACGUAAGAGAUCAGCACUUCAACCAGCGGAUCCAGAUGGCCGAGAAGUUUGUGAAGGCGGUGGCGAAGCCCAGCAGACCAGACAUGAACCCGAUUAGAGUGAAGGAAGUUUACAGACUAGAGGAGAUGGAGAAAAUCUUUGUCAGACUUGAGAUGAAGAUGACAAAGAGUUCAGGAGGCGUCCCUCGUCUGUCCUACACCGGCAGAGAUGACAGACACUUCCUUCCCACGGGCCUUUAUAUCGUUAAAACCGUCAACGAGCCGUGGACGAUGGGAUACAGCAAAAACUCUAACAAGAAGUUCUUCUUUAAUAAGUUAACCAAGAAGUCGACGUACGACAUGCCGCUGAACGCUGCCGCUCCUUUCCGCGUUUGUCACUCUGAGCGACUCUUCUGGGCCUGGGUGGAAGGGGUCAUCGUUCACGAUUCGCAGACCCGGAUGGACCCAGAGAAACUGUCCAAAGAUGAUUUUUUAACCUUUAUCCACCAGCAUCACCAGUGAAGAGGAACGUAAGGAAGAGCAAAGAUGUCCGUCAGCCACAGCGUGUCCUCGGGAGACUCAAAGGGACGGAACACGCAGAGCCUUUGGUCUGGACCAUUGAUCAUUAUUUAUUUGACAAUAAAAGGACGAUAAAGCCUUUCUAACCUUUUUUUUUAUGACAACUCAACUUAUUGUCCCAAUUCAUUAAACUGCUUUAAGAUGAUUAUCUAGGUCUGUGCUUUGAUGACUUUCAGAGAAGUUUUUUUCUUUUUUUUAACUGAUCAAACCACCUUCAGGAAACUGGACUGAAUCAUUCUGGCCUUUAGCAAACAACACGGAGACGACGAGAAACCUGCUGUUGUUUUCACCAUGCCUUGCAUUUCCCUGUUCAUGAUGAGCUUUGCUGUGCUUUCAUACACCACUUUACCAGUGACAGAUUGGGUUUAAAUGGUUAAACUAUGCAUCAGUUUCUCCUUCAGGAUUACUGCUAUUAUACCACGACUCUUCUUCUUUAAUGAAGACGAAGUGGGACUCUAAAACCAGCUGCACCUCUGCCUUUUCCUCGCUGUUUUUCCUUCUUCAGCUAAUCAGCCUGGAUGUAGCAUCUGUCUCUCUCUCUCUCUCAUCCUUCUUCGUCUGUAAUGAACUGUGUGUCUCCCAAAUUCAAUUUAUUUAGGUUUUUGUGCCUCGUACGCUCUGAAGAUUGUUGUAAAUGCUGCAAUUUACUUCUUUUUCUGUGGUAAACUGAGCUCUGUUGUUGUUGGGUGUAAAUACUGAAGUGGUAAAUAAAGGGGUGAAGCUGUUGCCACCGCUUGGUGAAAGUAAAUUAAAGUCAGAGUAUCAAAGAUGCUCUGACUUUAAAAUCUCACUGAACAUUUUAGAAAACCCCAACUUUAUUUGAUAAACU